ACUCAAACACAUUGGGUAAUAUUGGGCAUGGUAUACGUUAAUCCACCUGGAGUAACCAUGGUAUCCAAUCCAGACUUUGGUGUAUUUUCCAACAAUAAUUACCUGCAAGAUGUGGACCAAAUGACUGCAGGAACACAACACCCAGUAACAGAGACAUUUCAGUAUUAUAACCAGCAUACAAGGCUCCCAAUUCCUGCAUCUGCCUCGAGACUGCAGGUUCCUUCAGAGUCGGGUAUUAGUCCGUAUUUCUCUAAUCAGUCAUCAGUCAAUGCCCAGGAUCCACAGGGACUGGAACCCUGUCUUGGUAACCCUUCUUUCAACAGUGCUACUCCUUCAAAAUUUCUCACUGGAAACUCAACUCCAGAUAUGUCCUACCCACAGAUCCCACCAACAGGCAUGAUAGCCCAACCCCAGGGCCCACACAUUGGGGCAAUGCCCCACCCACAGGCUCUACCCACACAGACAUUGCCAGUAGGGGUUAAUCCUUAUCCUGGAGCUUUCACUUUUAAUGUUCCAACUCAGGCUAAUCCCAUCACUGGUAUUCCAUCCCAGUCCUACCAAUCACGAGGAGUCAAACAUUGCCAUGCCCCAGGGCUCGGAGCUGCUUGGCAGCAUGCUGUACCACCACAAAUGCCUUGGGGCGAUGGCAUGAAAUUGCCCUAUGGAAUAACAACAUUUACUGGAGACCUUGUCGUAAGGCCUGGGAUUGUAUCCCUUACACAAAGCAUGGCACCUUCUGGACAAAGUGUUGAUAGCCAAACAGGGACUAUAAGGGACACAGGAAGCUCUUUGAUGUCUGUGCGAGAAUCGUCACCCAAGCCUAGGCCUCAGCUGCCUUCAGAGUCAAUGAUGGCUUCCUUUUACAGUGCGUCAUCCAGAAAACUCAAAAGACAUGCUCCCGAAGACUACUCUUCAUUACCAGGCUUUGACAAAAAAGUAUUCAUCAGUGAGAGAAUGAUGAUGCAGAGUAUGAAGGAGUUGUCAUUGUACCCUUCUAGUCACCAACUGCCUUCAAUGCAAUGCCCUUUGACCUGUACAACAUCUGUGACCCCGAUGUCCUCUGAGGGAGUUGAUAGGUUACAACACUUCAAAGACGUUGAAGAAAGACUUGUCUUAGAUGAUUCUGAUGAAGAAUCUGAGCUGGAAAUGUCAAAAGGACCAAAAUUGGAGAUUAUAGAUGGGUUCUCACAAGGCAUUCUCAAACCUACCUCGCUGUUACCACAAAAACUCCUUGAAGAGAUCUCGAAUCGUCGGAGUAUGGAAGUAGUACUAUGGAAACCUCCGGGAGAUUUUGCCAAAGACUUAGCUCCAAAGUUAGAAGAACAGAACCAAGCGAAAUUUUGUUGGAAAAAUCAAGAGAGUGGGAACAAUUCCAACUCAAGCCACCCUACAGGACAACACUUUAACAAGCAAAGUGAAGAAUCAGUUACCAUGGAUACAGAACUUUUUGAUGACCUGGAUGAUGACAUGCAGUUAUGACACAGUAACUGACCAAUCACAGCUGUUAAUUAUGUUUCAGCUGUCUUGAUUGGCUGGCCUUGCUAUUACUGUAGUAGAGGGAGUUCAGGGAGUAAUUACUGGUCAUUAGCCAAUCACAAACAGGAGAUCAGACUGUGACAGGAUUGGUUAAUAGCAUAAGUCAAAUCUUGAACAGAAUCAAUUGAUUGGUUAAUAUGAGGAACCAACUGCAGACAAGCCUGGAGCUGUAACAAUGAUAUGAUAUGCCAAAUUGUGCUAUGAAAUGUGUUAACAAGACAGUUUCAGGCAGAGAAUCAGAUGUCAAGCAUUCAAGGGAAUAAGGUGAUAGAUGAAGCUGAGAGAAAUAAAAAAUGGACAUAGCUCUUUCUUUGAUACGAGGUAGUGAUCUUUUCUCACCCAGAAAGUCGUAAAGAUAUUUUUUUCAGACUAAGUAGCAGGAAUAUUUGAUGUUUGUUUGUAUUUACUUAUCAAACUUAAUCGUAAUAUUUGAUGUUUGUUUGUAUUUACUUAUCAAACUUAGUCAUAAUAUUUGAUGUUUGUUUGUAUUUACUUAUCAGACUUAGUCAUAAUAUUUGAUGUUUGUUUGUAUUUACUUAUCAAACUUAGUCGUAAUAUUUGAUGU